AUUCAGACUACGGAUAAACAAAAAAACAGGGUAGAGUCUUGUGGCUAAAAGUAUACUGAACAAAGCAAGGCAUUAGAAGAUUUUCCGGAGAAUUGCUUUAUUUCGCUCAGAAGAAGCGUCAUGCCGUGGAAUGCCGUGUGUUUGUGGUGCUGUUUUGCCUUGGCAUUCGUUUCCACUAAUGUACACGGAGAUCUACAGCAGCAUUCUGACUACGAUGAUCAGAAAACUCACAUGAAAGCAUUAAGUGACAUGAACAAUAAUUUUGCAUUUCGACUGUACAAAAGCAUCGUGUCUGUCGCUCAGUCCGAGAACGUGUUCUUCUCACCGUUGAGUGUCUCCAUGGCAUUGUCUGCACUGUCUUUAGGAGCAGAAGGUGAGACUCAUGAACAGCUUCUCAGUGGCCUCGGAUUCAGCGAUACGGUCAUGACCUCUGAGGAAUUGCACAAUGCCUACUUAGAUCUUCUCCGUAACCUCAGUCAGAGGACAGGAGUAGAUCUGAACGUGGGUACUGCUGUCUAUGUAAAUGAAACUUUCAAGCCUCACGCGGAAUUUUUGGAGAAAAUUGCCAAUUUCUAUCUUUCCGAAGGCUUCUCUGUCGAUUUCACCCAAACCAAAAAAACCUCUAAUCAGAUAAACAAAUAUGUCAGUGAAAAGACACAAGGAAAAAUUCGCAGGGUUAUUAAAGAACUGGAUUCAUGUACCCUCAUGUAUCUACUCAGCUAUAUCUAUUUUAAGGGAAAAUGGUCCAUCCCCUUUGACCCCCAAAAUACCAGAAAGGCAAAAUUCAAUGUGGAUGCAAAAACAACUGUUCCAGUUCAAAUGAUGAAUGAGAUAAAUAAUUUUUACAUCCACUCCGAUGCAGAGCUCUCUACCACUGUCCUUCGUCUGGAUUACAACGACUCAUUCUCCAUGAUACUCGCUCUACCCAAAGAUCUCACUGUUCUUCAAGAGGCUUUGCUUCCACAACACAUCGAAAACUGGACCAAGAAGAUAAGUAAAAGUAAAUACGAGAUCCACCUCCCUAAACUGUCCCUGAAAACAUCAUAUUCGCUGAUCAACAUUCUUACUGGACUUGGAAUGAAGGAUAUGUUUACUGAUAAAGCUAACUUCGCUGGGAUUACUGAUGAAAACAUAUACCUUUCUGAGGCUGUGCAUAAAGCCACGUUAGAUGUGGAUGAAGUCGGAGCCACUGCAACAGCUGUGACGAAAAUGCACUUUGCAGCACGUAUUCAACCGACCAGUCUGAAAUUUAAUAAGCCAUUUAUGAUAUUUAUCAUCGACCAGGAAACAAAGAGCAUCUUGUUUAUGGGGAGAAUUGUCAAUCCCAAAAAUUCUAAUAUAGAUGAAUAAUCAAUGGUGCACAGCAACAAAGCAUUUUUACUUUGUUAUUGUACUUAGGUACAUUUUUUAUGUAUCAGGAAUUUAUAAGAAUAAAAGUAAUAAAACAAAGCAAUUUUUCAUUACAUUGAAAGAAAUAUGUGAAUAACGUUAAGUGAUGUGGACUUGUCAUGUGACCACAGUUGUAACCCUCUGGUUCUGGAAAGAGUGGGUGUGGUUUAAGGGUUUUCUCACUGUGUAUCUGUAAGUAUAGAAAACUCUCCUAAACGAGGUAUAAUGUGCAGUUUUAAUUAACCACUUUUUAUUCCAUAAAUUAUUAAAAUAUAGUAUACUUAUAUUAUAGAACAUGUGCAUACUUAAGUACACUGAAAAGCAAAUGUGUAAUAUGGAGUACUAUUACUUUUCCUGGAGUUAAAUUUAAGCUGUAUAUUUGUACUUUUUGUUCUGAAGUAUAGGAGUGGUGUACUCCAUCCUCCACUGUGAUUAAUAUUAAAAUAUUGAAACUAA